AUGGUUCUUUCUGUUGUUAGUACUGAAGUCAUCGAAAGUCUCCAUGCCAUCAAAACCAAAAAGCUUGUACAGGGCAGUAGUGCUCGAGUGUAUGAUUGCUGUCAAACGAUUGACGAUCCAUUUGAUUGCCUGAAAAAUCUCACGGGUAUUUGUCGACAAAGUGACUAUCCGGACAUUCUCCGUCAAUGCAAUCCGAACCAAUGUACAAUAUACGCUAAAUUCGAUACAAUCAAUCGUCUUACAAGCAAAAGUGAAAUGACCAUGUUGAGUUGGAUUCAAGAUUCUACUCUCUGGGCCGGUAUAGAUGCUAGCGCGGAAAGUUUUAUGUUAUAUGAUAAAGGUGUUUAUGAUGUGUCGAAUUGUGAACAGACGAUUUGGGAUCAUGUGAUACAAAUUGUUGGUUAUGGUGUUGAAGAAGGAAGACCAUUUUGGAUAUGCAAAAAUAGUUGGGGGGAAACUUGGGGUGAGCAAGGAUAUAUUCGUAUUGUACGUGGGAAAAAUAUGUGUGGUAUCGCUACUCAUGUUAUACAAUUAGAUAGUAAACAAACGAGUGGCGCUAUUAGAUCGCAUAACAUCAUCUCAAUCUAUUUCCUCGUUCUACUUGUGACAAUGGCAGCCAAAAUGGGCGAUCAAUUUAAUUAA